AUGGCUCUUGUCUUUGGAAAUAUUCAUGCGGUACCAAAAUCAUCUCAAGAGCUUAUAGAUACAGUGCUCAGUUCUACAAACCGUAAAACAGCCACAAUCAUUCACCCUGGUUUCAAAAUAUCACGAAUUCGCGACUUUUACAUGAACAAAGUAAAUUUUGCCCGUGAUCAAUUUACAAGCAGACUCACACAGAUUCUCGAAGAUUUUCCACGUCUUGACAGCAUUCAUCCAUUUUGGGCAUCUUUGAUUAACGUUAUCUACGAUCGUGAUCACUACAAAUUGGCUCUUGGACAAAUUAUCGGUGCCAAGACACUUAUUCACAACGUAGGUCGUGAUUAUGUCAAGUAUCUCAAGUAUGGUGACUCUCUUUUCCGUUGCAAGCAGCUUAAAAAGGCCGCUCUUGGUCGUAUGUGCACAGCCUGCCGUCGUUUGACUCCUUCCUUACAAUAUCUUGAAGAAGUUCGUCAACAUUUACAACGUUUACCAGCCAUUGACCCAAGCGCACCAACAAUCAUCCUUGCCGGUGCUCCAUCAACAGGUAAAUCAUCUUUCAUGAAUCAGAUUACACGCGCCAAUGUCGAAGUUGCCGCAUUUCCAUUCACAACAAAGUCUCUUUAUCUCGGCCACACAGACUGGGCCUUCCUCACCUGGCAAGUCAUUGAUACACCAGGUCUUCUCGAUCGUCCACUUGAAAAGCGUAAUACAAUCGAAAUGCAGUCCGUCAUGGCUAUGGUUCAUCUUCGUGCAGCUAUUGUCUACAUGCUUGAUAUCUCCGGCACCUGCGGCUACUCCGUUGAGCAGCAAGUCUCUCUUUACCACAGCCUUGGCGAAAUCUUCGCAAACAGACCAGUCACCGUUGUUCUUACAAAGACCGACCUUGUCAACCCAGACAACAUGUCUCCAGAAGACAAGGCCCUCAUCGAUUCCAUGCAAGGACCAAAUGUCUCCUUCAUGAGAAUGUCAUCAAUGACAGGCGACGGCGUCUCCGAAGUUAAGGAGCAUGUCUGCCAAGGCCUUCGUAAGAUGAGAGUUGACUCCAAGAAGAACUCAGAUAAAAUAUCUCAAAUCGAAUCCCAGCUCCACAUUGCUAAACCAGAGCAAACCUACGAGCCAAACAUCCCAGCCUCCGUUGCCAACCCACAAGGCCUCGGAAGACCAACACAGAAGGAACUCGAGGAAAUGGCUGGUGGAGCCGGCCAAUAUGCGGCCAAUACCAACGCAGAACGCGACCUGAAGAACCCAGAAUGGCAGAACGACGUAAUGCCAGAGAUUAUCGAAGGCCGCAAUAUUGCGGAUUACAUCGACCCCGACAUCGAGAAGAAGUUUGCUGCUCUUCUUGAAGAGGAGAAGGUCAGGUACCAGAACUACCAGGCAGUGAAGCAGGCUUUCGAAGAGAACAAGUGGAAAGUCACUCCAGAACAGGAAGAGAUGGUCAGCAUCAUCAGAGAGAGGCGCCAGAUGAUCAGAAACAAGGCGGAAGAGAAGAGAAACGGAAGACCUGGAAUGCCGGAGAAGAUGAAGAAACAGAGCAAAUCUGUAAUCGCAGAUAGAGUCGACUCAAUGCUACAGGAGCGCGGCGUCGACGAGAGCGCUCGUCAGCGUGCAGUCGACAAAGUACUCUCUGAGAAGCCAUCGAGAGUCGAAAGAAAGUUAGAACCAGAAAAACGUGACACUGGUAUCGUCAAACACGGUGCUGGUGAAAGAUUCGACUACUAUGUCAAGACUAACUACAUCCUUGAGCCAAAGUUCCUGUUCAGUGGAAAGGCUGGCUUCAAACGUGACUACAAAUAG